UAUAUAUUGAGUUGCACAAGCAAUACAGUAGCUGUAGUAUAUUUUUGGUGGAUCAUGAAGUAAGAAAGACUUUAAGAAAUGUGGAAAUUAAAAGUGUUAAUUUUAUCAAUAAUUUCAUUGAGUGUCGCUGCAAAUCUAAUUAAUAAAAAUUUAAAAUUGGGGUUUGGCGAUGCAGAUGAGCUGAUAAGCUAUAGACUUCCGAAUAAUACAGUCCCAAAAAGCUAUGACAUAACAAUUGAAACAAAUAUUCAUGAAAAUACUUUCAACUUUAGUGGAAAUGUGAAAAUUCUUGUAAAUAUUGUGGAACUGACAAAUUCAAUAACUCUGCAUGCUCGUCAACUAGAGAUAGACAAUAUUGAUGUUUUUCUGCCAAAUAGAAGUCAAAUAAUUAUGAAUGCUACUUAUAAGCUAGUUGAGUCACACGACUUCCUUAUCAUCAAUUUACAAACAUUCUAUAACGCAAAUGAGGAACUGCUUCUUGACAUUUCUUAUCGCGGGAACCUUCGUGAUGAUAAUGCAGGCUUUUAUCGAAGCAGCUACCUUAUUAGCUGAUGAAAUUGACUUUAAAACAUGGAAGUGAAUAUAAUGCCAUUUCAAACACAGAUGUUGAUAGUGUGACUACAGAUGGAAGUUAUGUCAUUACGACGUUUAAAGAGACACCACCCAUGCCAACUUAUUUGCUGGCUUUUAUUGUGUCUGAUUUUCAGAAUAUUAAUGUAAAUACUUCAGGAAUUCCUCAAAAGUUUUAUGGAAGACCAGAAAAAAUACAACAAGGUGACCUUUUAUUUGCUGCUGGUGUGGCUGAAAAGAUUUUGGAUAUUUAUGAGACAUUCUUGUUGACUGCAUAUCCAUUAAAUAAAUUAGAUCACGUCGCUGUCCAAUAUCCAAGAAAAUAUUCAAUGGAAAACUUUGGGUUAAUUACCUACGAUGAACAUGCAAUAAUUGUGGAUUCAAGCAUGCCAGAAGUUGUAAAAGAAUAUCAAAGACUUGCAAUAAUAAAUCGUAUAUCCAACGCUGUAUCCAUGCAGUGGUUUGGCAACACAGUGUCCCCAAGAUGGUGGCAACAUUUGUGGCUGAGUGAAGGUUUUGGUAAAUUUUUUGAGGGAUAUCUUCAAUAUUUAUACUUUGACGAUAAAAACUUAAUGGACAAGCACUUUACAUCCAUCACACGAGAAGCAUUUUCUUUCGAUAGCCUGACUGAUAGGACCAUGAAUCAAUAUGUAGAACAUCCAAAUGAUUUAUGGGGUAAACUUAAUGCUAUAACAAUUUCAAAGUCAGCAUGUAUAUUAAGGAUGAUCAUGGAAGUGAUGACUGAAGAUGUUUUUAUUGAAGGAUUGAAUGAUUACUUGACUGAGAACUUUAUGCAGUCAGUGACUCCAACUGAAUUCCACAGAAGCCUUCAAAAAGCUUAUGAUCAGGCAAAUAUAGGGAAUCCAUUAAAUAUUGGCAUUAUUAUGGAGACUUGGGAGGAUCAACCUGGAUUCCCAUUAAUUUCUGUUAAUGUUUCAGGAAGCAACUUAAUUAUUUCUCAAAAUAAAUACUCCACAAAUAAUGGAGAAACUUAUUCAGUUCCACUUACAUUCGCAACAAAAUCAUAUCCAAAUUUCACUCCAAAAAUAAAGACUUGGCUGCCUUUAAGAGUAAUGCCGUUUUCACAAGCAUCUUUAGGAUUUGCAGUAGGUGACUGGAUUAUAUUAAACAUCAAUCAAGUUGGCUACUAUCGAGUUGAUUAUGAUAGAACAUUAUGGCAUGCAAUAAUUGACCAGCUUAAGCAUGAUCAUACAGUCAUAAACCCAAUAAACCGAGAAGUCUUACAAGAUGAAUUUCUAAUGGCAUGGAUGGAACUAAAUCGUGUGAAUGGCGGUGAUGCAUUGUCAUUACUCAGCUAUUUAGGCAACGAGUCAUACUCAGCUGUUUGGGAAAGAGCAAAUGAAGCACUAGUUUAUAUGAAAACUAAUCUUUUCGGUACGGUUGCUUAUAAUGAGUUCCUUAAAUUUCUUCAACAAAUCACAAAGCCACAUCUUAUAAGUUUGGGAUACGACAGCUCAAGCAGUGAUUCUGCUGAUGACCAAACAUUAAGAAGCAUUACAAAGCAUUGGAACUGUAUAGCUAUUGAUGGCGAUUGUGUAGCAAGGGAUUUUACUCAACUUUUUGUUUUAUUCCGACACGGACUUGGCGAUGGAAAUUUUGAUUUCUGUAAUGCAUUGAAAAUUACCGACCAUACAACAUACCAGGAGAUAUUAAAUGCUGUUAUUGAUAAUCCAAAUCUGAAUCAUCGCUCCUCAUACAUCUAUAACUUGGGAUGUUCGAUUCUUACUGUAAAUUUACAAACAUUAUUAGAAGCUGUUUUAAAUGGAGAUAAUGGAUUAACAAAUGAUGAGAAAGGAAUAUUCUUGCAGACAAUGGCAACAACCAGCAAUCUAGGAUUGGAAAUGAGCUUGAACUUUUUUGACGAACAUUAUUUGGAUGUUAUUGAAGUAAUCAAUUCUAAUAGCAAUCCGCUCAUGUUGAUUGCUAUUGGAGUUAAAGAGAAGGAAAUGGUCGAGCAGUUUGAGAAUUUAAUGACAAAAUUGAUAGCAGCAGGUAUCAUAACUUCAUCUGAUCAAUCUAUGUAUGAGUAUUUCAUAAGCUUAAACCAGGAAUGGUUGGGAAAGAACUAUGAUUACAUUAAGUUGUACUUUGGUCUAAUGGAAACAACAACUACAGUUCCCACAACGACCACCACUACUGAAACAACAACAACUACUGAAACAACAACAACUACUGAAACGACAACAACUACUGAGACGACAACAACUACUGAGCCAACAACCACAACCACAACAGAAUCUACGACAACGUCAUCAUCAAUUCCAACAGCAUCGGAUUCAACAACUCAGUCCACAACAAUCCAAUCAACAACAAUCCAACCUGAGCCAGCCACAACACCAGGAAGUGGAAAUUCGAUUAUUUUAUCUGUGAGCUUAAUUUUUGUAUGUUUGUUGAUCCAAAUAAUGAAAAUGUUUUGAAAUUAAUGGAAGUUAAUUGCCAAUUUCUUGGCAAUAAAUCAAAUAAAUUACUUAAAAUAUCAA